UACGGAAGUUGGCAGUUGGGACAUGAUAGACAUUUGUCAGAUGUCAGAUGUUUUGAUUUUCACGCAAAAAAUAAAUAAUAAAUAACGAUCAAGUCACCAAUAUUUACCCCGUGAAUAACUUGUAUAUAAUAUAAUUGAGUUAUAUUUAUAAAUAAAAAUGGUUUUUAAUCCGGUAACUCAUGUACUUUUUGAUAUGGAUGGACUUAUACUUAAUACCGAAAAGCUAUAUACAGUAGCAUUUCAAAAUGUAGUCUCUCGCUACGGAAAGGAAUUCACGUUUGAAAUGAAAUUAAAACUAAUGGGUACUCAGGCGCACGAGGCUGCCCAAAUGUUAAUAACGGCUCUUGAUCUACCGAUGACAGUCGACGAAUUCAUAACUGAAACUAAGAAGCAGUUCCAAAUAUUGUUUCCUGAUACAGAAUUAAUGCCAGGUGCUAAGAGAUUGAUAGAACAUUUCCAUAAACAAAAUAUUCCAAUUGGUCUAGCAACAAGUUCCAGUGAGGAAGGUUACCAUUUAAAAGUGGAUAAACAUCAUUCUGCACUUUUCUCCUUGUUCCCACACAAAACAUUUGGGUCAUCAGAUCCGGAAGUAAAAAGAGGAAAGCCAUAUCCUGAUAUAUUUUUAGUUGCUGCAGCUAAAUUUCCAGAUGUACCAAAACCUGAACAGUGUUUAGUAUUUGAAGAUGCAAUUAAUGGGGUUAAAGCGGCAAGGGCUGCAGGUAUGCAGGUGGUGAUGGUACCAGAUCCUCGGAUGGAUAGGAAUCUGACAAAGGAAGCCAAUUUGGUCAUCAACAGCUUAGAAGAUUUUCAACCACAACUAUUUGGAUUACCACCAUAUGAAUAAAUGUAACUGUUUAAAUUUUUACAUAUAAGUUAUCAUUGAUGUUUGUACUUAAAUGUUGAACAAAUUUUGAUGUAAUUACGGCCGAAUUCUGAAACAAUAUUUAAAUAUGUAACAUCGUCAUAAUUGAUAAAACUGUUUAAAAUUUCAUUAAAAUUGUGAUGUCUGCCAGAUUGUAUACAUCACUUAC